AUGGCGGGGCAGCCGCUGUACAUCACCCGUGCCGACGAACGCUGCCUACAGUUUCUGGAGGCGCGACCGAAGCAAUUUCCAUACGCAGACCCAAUUGCCUGCGCGAAGAAGCUGGCCGCGCUGAAGGGCGAGCCGGAGAUGGAAGAUCCAGACGGCGUUGACCCGGAUCGGCUGAAAGAGUUAGCCUUGAGCCUGGGUCUCGACAUCGUGGAUCACGAGAUCGUGACGGUCCUGCGCAGGUUUGGCGUGACCGACGAGGAUGGCAACCUUAGGAUACUUGGCCCUGCUGUGUUGGAAACCGCAGCGGCUCGUGAACGGCCGCAGAUGUCAAUCCAAACGCCGAGCCGAUAG